UCGCUGAUAACAAAACCACAUUUGUUGAAACUUGAAAAUUGAUAAAAUAUUUCCCAGACAGUUACACGGGAAGUUAGAAUUUGAUAAGAAAGUUCUCAAAACAAUAAAACCACAUUUACAGGAAGUUAUAAUUCUGUUAAGAAAAUUCUCAACCGCAUUCACAAGAAAUGUUUACUGAUAUAGCAGUUGUUUUUGAAUAAAAGACUAUUCAUUGACGUCACAACAACGCAGAUAUAAGACCUGGAAAACACAUCGUUUCUCAGUUUACGUCUCACCAGCACCGUGAACAGUAGCAGCAAGAACAGAUCGCCGCAGCAAUCCACAACAACAGCAACAAAUAUUUGGUGUGUGUUAAAGUUAAUAUACAGUGACGUUAAGAAAGGAAACAUAAACCAAUAAUUAAAUUGAAUACUCUACCUAUUGGAACUCCAUUUAAAAUUAUCCAGUCAAAAAUAAUACAAGGGAAAUUUGGCCCAAGCAUUUUGGUUGAACUGGAGCACGGUGUAACAUUUUUACCACAACGGGUUGUAGAAACUUACAAACCAUACCUACAUCACCUCACAGACAGGCAGUACAGUCUCACAUUCAGAGGAACCGUUGACACAGGAAAACCGCAUCCAGCUGCAUCUUUUGAAAUUGUCGAAAAUUAAGGAUAAAAGGAUCGUUGUGGUGUUCAGUCGUGUUUGCUGAAGUUCUUGGUGAGAUUUUUAGAAAAUUUUGAAUUUUUUUAUAUUUUCAAUUUUAUUGAUUUUUUUUUUGUGUACAAUAUUUUUAGUUUUGAAUUUCAAAAUAUGUCCACUGUUCAAAAGUUUAAUAUUGUCAAGGAUGCAUCAAAAAAGAUCCAUCGUUUUAGACUGCAUGGGCGUACGUUGGAGUUUAAAAUUAAAGAUAUACCUCACGGUACGGAACCUGUGGGGUGGGUAAAAGACGCAAUCACCCAAAUUGUCCUUAAAGGAACGGAGGGUGUCAAAUCUACCGAUAUGGUAGGAUUCACGUUCUGUUCUAAGGAUUUUGCCAGAGGGCAGGGGUGGAUGCGUUUUAAACCCGCUGCUGAGGUGUCAGUUGAUGAUGUAUGGGAGAAAAUAUCUUCCAUAUAUCAAUCCAACUCCACUGGGUUAAAUACAGAAACUUUCUGUUUAGGGAUUACAUCGGUUGAGAUGCCUGUCGGUAAGGGUGGUCCUAGAGGACGAAAUUAUAAUACUUUUAAUGAAGAAUGUGCUAAACGUCGUGGUAUUGUUUCAAUUAACAACAAAGAUAACUUGUGUCUACCUCGUGCUCUUUCUGUCGCCAAAGCCUACGUAGACAAAGAUCCGGAAGCGAGAAAGAUUCGCCGGGAUAUUGGACAAUUACAAGGGAAAAGAGCCCGUGAAUUAAUGACCUCCGCCGACGUCUCCAUACCCGAGGAAGGGGCUGGAAUACCCGAACUACAACAAUUCCAAAGACAUUUACAAGAUUAUAAAAUAACAGUAUACACUUAUGGUUCUAAGGGUCGUGAUGUUAUCUUUGAGGGUAACGGUGUUGGACCCCCGUUAAAUUUGCUUCAUCAUGAGGGUCAUUACAAUGUCAUUGUGUCUUUAAAGGCAACUUUUUGUUGUGGUUAUUUUUGUGAUGAAUGUCAUAUUCCUUAUAAUGAUAAGAAAGCGCACAGAUGCGGGGGAACGUGUCCUGGAUGUCGACAGUCGCCUUCUUGUUCCAGUGAGGAGCUGGCCGUAAAAUGUGAUUCUUGCAAAAGGUCUUUCCGUGGCCAGAAAUGUUUUGACAAUCACUUGCAACAUAGUAUCUGUACGCAAAUACGUCGUUGUGAGGAUUGUUUUAAAGUUGUGCCCACCAACAGAAGACAUACCUGCGGAGAGAUAUUUUGCAAGAUCUGCAAUAAACAUUGUCCAGCCGAUCAUCUUUGCUACAUUCAGCCUGACACUCGUUCACCACCCACCAAAGAUUUCCUUUUCAUCUUUUAUGAUCUCGAAACCCGUCAAGAGACAACUCGUCAGGAAGUUGUUUCGAAAAAUGGCAAAGAUGAAGUCAGAACAUCUCUUCUUCACGAACCUAACCUUUGUGUUUCCAAUCAGUGCUGUCAUCAUUGUAUUCAAGAAACCAAACUUGUUUUCUGUCAGCCGUGUGGAUUCAGACAAAAAAUUUUUAGUGAUGAGGAUGUAAUCUCUAAUUUUUUAGAUCAUAUUUUCACAUUUCGAAAAAAAUUUAAGAAUGUCACUGUUUUAGCUCAUAACGGAGGUGGUUUUGACCAUCAAUUUAUUUUCAAAUACAUUCUCAGCAAGACUGAUAUUACUCCUGAUUUAAUUAUGCGCGGUACAAAGCUUAUUUCGAUGACCGUUGGCAAUAUCAAUUUCAUUGAUUCAUUAAAUUACUUUCCGAUGGCCCUCUCCAAACUUCCAAAGGCCUUUGGUUUCUCCGAGUUGAAAAAAGGAUACUUCCCCCACCGUUUUAACACUGUAGCUCAUCAGAAUUAUGUGGGGCCUAUGCCUCCUCUCGAAUAUUAUGACCCAGAUAAUGUAAAAGAUGAAAAGGCCAAAGAGGCUUUAGUUAAAUGGUAUGCUGAAAAAGUUGAACAAAAUUAUGUCUUUGAUUUUCAAAAAGAGAUUGUGGACUAUUGUAUCUCUGACGUGAAUAUUCUAGCACAAUCAUGUCUCAAGUUUAGAGACUUGGUAAUCAAAGAAACAAACGUAUGCCCGUUUAUGGAAGCUACAACAAUAGCGUCGAGCUGUAACAAAGUCUAUCGACGCAACUUUCUCAAACCAAAUACCAUUGGUAUAAUUCCCAAAAGAGGGUACAGAUGGCGCGAUAAUCAAUCUAAAGUCGCUAUACAAUGGUUAGUUUGGGAGGAACACCAAAGAGGUGUUAAUAUUCAUCAUGCUGCUAAAGGCGAAGAGGUUCGAGUUGCUGGAGUAAAAGUAGACGGGUAUUGUGAGGACACUAAACAGGUGUUUGAAUUUGAAGGUUGCUAUUACCACGGGUGUCCUCGUUGUUUUACGUAUCAAAGAGAUACUCCCCUACAUAAAGAUCCUAGCGAAACAUUAAAUAGUAAAUACGACACAACGCUGGCUAAGAAUGAACGACUUCGCUCUCUGGGAUAUGAAGUUAUUGAGAUGUGGGAGUGUGAUUUCAAGCGUCGGCUAACUGACAACAAAGAGUUGCAAAAUUAUACAGAAACACACCCAUAUGUGAAGCAAACACCGCUUGAUCCUAGAGAUGCGUUCUACGGGGGCCGUACGGGAAAUACUGUUGAGUAUUACAAAGCCAUGGAAGACGAAAAAAUAAAAUAUGUUGACGUUUGCUCUCUGUAUCCAUGGGUUUGCAAGUACGGAAAGUUUCCCGUCGGCCACCCAAAAGUCUACGUAGGUUCAGAAUGUCCUCCUCUCGCCUCCAGCUCGGGUCUUGUCAAGUGCAAGAUCCUUCCUCCUCGUGAUCUUUUUCAUCCUGUGUUGCCUCAGAAAAUGAACGACAAGUUAAUGUUCGUUCUUUGUCGAAAAUGUGGACAAAAUCUCAAUUACGAGAAAUGUCAACAUUCCAACGAAGAGCGAGCAUUAACCGGAACCUGGGUAACUGAAGAAGUUCUUAAAGCUGUUGAAAUGGGAUACACAAUUUUAGAAAUAUACGAGGUGUGGGCAUAUGAAACUAUCCAGUUUAGUAACAAUGUAUCAGGAUUAUUUACAACUAUGAUGAACAAAUUUAUUAAGAUUAAGCAAGAAUCGUCUGGCUGGCCGGCAAACUGUAAAACAGACACCGAAAAAGAUCAGUAUAUUGAACGGUUUUUGCAAAGAGAAGAUAUUCACCUAGAAUUUUCCAAGAUUGUUGAUAAUCCUGGCUUGAGAUCAUUGGCCAAACUUAUGCUCAACUCGUUUUGGGGUAAAUUUGGACAACGUGAGAACCAACCAAAGACAUCGAUUAUCAAUAACACUGCAGAAUUCUUUAAAAUUAUGUCUGAUCCUUCGAUAUAUGUGAACACUGUGCUCCCAAUUGGUGAUGAAGGUAAUACUCUGAUUGUAAACUGGGAGUACCGAGAGGAGGCAUCUGACUCUUUGUCUACCGUAAAUGUAGUAAUAGCAGCCUUUGUUACUGCACAGGCUCGUUUAAAAUUGUAUGACUCCCUUGAAAAAUUGGACAAAAGAGCGCUGUAUUACGAUACAGAUUCUGUAAUCUAUGUGUCACGACCUAAGGAAUACGACGUCCCCACAGGCGAGUUUGUUGGUGAUAUGACCGAUGAACUCGAAAAAGAAGGUCUUGGUUCAUAUAUUACCGAAUUUGUAUCCGGUGGACCGAAAAAUUACGCCUACAAAUUUUGGUCAACUAUGGAACAAAAAGAAAAGGUAUGUUGCAAAGUUAAAGGGAUAUCUUUAACCUUAGAAGUACAAAAGACAGUAAAUUUUGACUCCAUCAAAGAUAUGGUCCUUACUCCUGAUGAACCUGUUUAUAUAGUUGCCAAACACAUUGAGCGCACAGCAGAACAUGAGGUCGUAACGAAGAACAUUAAAAAGAGAUACCAACCAAACUCAACAAAGAGAAAGUUCCUCGAAGAUCAUAGCUCUGAACCAUUUGGAUACAAAAAAUCAAAAAAUAUGUGAACCAUCGAAGAGGUGGUACCUGAUGAGUCCCACAGAUUCAGUAACACAGAGUACAAGGUGACAUUUUUUAGUACAUUUUAAGUAAAAAUUUUCACGUACAAGAAACCAGUAACUUAAAUUGUUAUAUUGUAAAUCUAGUUCUACCUUAAUCUUAUAAUACUUUUGUAUUUUUUUUUUUUGUAUCUUCCAAGUAAUAAGCAGUGUGUAGUUUGCAACAAAUUGAUUAACUUAAUCACGACGUUUUGUUACAUUUUUCUUGUAAGUCCCCAAAGAGAAAGUUUCUGACUCUGUACCGUUAGGGUUAAAUACUAGUCAUUUUUAACAAUUUCACCAUGAACACGAAAAUCCUGGAGCAGCACCCUCGUAUAUGUUUACGAACAUUACUGUGGAAUAAGUCCAGCGAGAUCGUUUACUCCAACAAUCAUUUUGGAGCAGCAUUUCAGACCGAGUAAAAUAUCUUUCGGUACUUUCCAAUGAUGAUUUUUCCAUGAGGAUUUGCCUACGUAUCCAGACGAGUAUGAUCCCAUUUCAUGUGCAUGUGGCGAUUAUUGCAUCAUUACACAUUAUGACGAUAUCAAAUUACUGGUUGAAAAGAAACAUGGCGUUGAAUACUAUUUGUGUGAAGAAGAAGUUCAUGAAAUUCUUGAAACUGAUAAACAAUUGGUGUCCAAUAGAGUGGCUGCAUUAGAAGAACUUAAUUUCUGUUUAUAUUAUCAUUGAUUUUUGUAAAUCGCAUGACGAAUACUUCCUAAUAAAAUUUUUGUAAUUAAUGACUUGAAUAAAUAAUAUUUAAAAAAAACUUUUGUUUUAUUUAUUGGUGGGUAAACAGCUUCAUAUUUCAUUAUUAAACAAGAUGUCUAAGAAUUGAGACGUAUUUACUCUGAUACUUUUUAGUGUCGUAGCAAUGAUAUUUGAUAAAAGCAUAACAACUCGAGAUGAUGUUGUUGAGUAUUUACAACGUUUUGGAUAUAUAAAUAAAAAGUGAAAAUGGUAUUACUGAUAUUGACGGUACAUUAAAUAACGAAAACAUGAGCAUAUUAUAAAUGGAAUAAGAAAUAUUUAAAGUGGUACUUUCCGAAAGCGGAACGGCAUACAAGGUAUUUUGAAAUAGCUAAGAUGGCUUUCGCUGUAUGGACUCAGAAUAGUACUCUAACCGUUGAAAUGUAUAUAAAUUUAUGCUACAUCCAGAUAUUACGAUUGUCGUUUAAAGGGAGUCCCCCACCUUUUACCAUGAUUGCCAAGGACACCACGUUUAUCUUUGAUGGACCAUCGCUUACGUAGUUUGCAUCACUUGCGUCGCUUGCAUCGCUUACGUCGCUUGCAACACGCAUGUGUACAUGUAAACGAAGAUAUGAGUUUGCAACGUCGAUGCUACAUCGCUUCUUCUCGCGCACUUUUUUUGAAUUGCUGCCAAACAUUUUGUGCAUGAGCAUACUUCUCAUCACUAAUAUCCUCAUCAUUCAGUUUAGUCGAUUUUGUUAUGUUCUUUACA